GUUCGGAAUCUCUACGGGAGGCAGUCAGACAGUCAGACAGUCAUAGGUCGAGCGAGAGAUACAGCACAUGGACGUACAGAUAUAGGACGUACAGUCGGGAUUAGAUGCAAUCGAACAUGGCCAGCGAAGCUGCCGAUUCCAGAGCGCACAGCGAAAUGGACGCGGACGUUCCGGAUCCGUCCACCAGCGAUAGUGAGCCCACCAGCAGCAGCGAUACGGAUAGCGAAGCGCACAGCACAUCCCGCCCAGAUGCCGCCCCCAACAACAGUGCCCAGACGAGCAUGUACACCCUGCUGGCUGGAGAAUCGGACAACGAACUGGAGGAGCAGGAGCAGCAGGAGGAGCAGGAGGAGCAGGAAGACUUCUGCGAAGAGACCAUUUCCCUGCUGGCCCACGAGAUCCUCUGCUGCGACAGUGACAGCGACUCGGAGCCGGAGCCGGAGACCGACGGUGGGGACAUCAACGAGGCCAGGGACAACGAUAGGCUGGGGGAAAUCCUUGAAUUUGAGCUGCACAAUCCAUACCGGCUCAUGUUGAGCGACGAGGACGACGACACUCCAAAUGAGGAGGAAGAGGCAGAGGAGGGCUGCUAUCCCAUCGUCAGCGAGACAAUCUUUCUGCUGGACGAGGAUCAGCAGAGCGGGGAAAAGUCCGAGUCCCGAUCCGACAAGGACGACGAAUGCUUCCAAAAGGAGCUGUUGGAGUAGUGCUGGUUAAUUGAACUAGCAUCUGUAGGCGGUUAUUUUCUUUUCAAACAUGCACGUCUGUUUGGAGAGCUCAUGGAUACACUAUUUAUGGUGGGCAAAGUAUGAGAUGGACCCAUACCAAACAUAGCAACCUCAAUUGUCAGCAUAGUAAUUAGACGCCCAAACCACAUAUCAACAUUUAUGUAUUCACGCAAAUUAACACACAUUGUCUCAUGCAUUAGGUGCAAAAAUGGCCCAAAGCUAGCCUUUUUGUGUGGGCCAACGGCAUCGUAGAUGCAGCACGAGUAUACAGGUCAAAAUUAAUGGCAACACAAAGGGAGUGGAACUCACACACACACACACGGUGGAUCCUACGA